AUGGAUCCUUUAUUUAAUUCAACCGAUGUGCCAAAUUGGACCACCAGCCCCAAUGACACUAAUAACGGGACUGUUUACCACAACCAGUUCGUUCAGCCAGUCUGGAGGAUCGUGCUCUGGGCCAUUGCGUACAGUUGUAUAGUCAUUGUGUCCGUUGUAGGUAAUGUGACAGUGAUCUGGAUUAUCAUGGCGCAUAAACGCAUGAGGACCGUCACCAACUAUUUUCUGCUGAACCUGGCGUUCGCCGAAGCCUCCAUGUCCGCCUUCAACACGGUCAUCAACUUCACCUACGCCGUGCACAACGAGUGGUACUUCGGACUGGUCUACUGCCGCUUCCACAACUUCUUCCCCAUCGCGGCUGUGUUUGCCAGCAUCUACUCAAUGACUGCCAUCGCUCUGGACAGGUACAUGGCCAUCAUCCACCCUCUGCAGCAGCGCAUGUCAUCCACAGAGACCAAAGUGGUGGUGGGGGUGAUCUGGGUGCUGGCUCUGCUCCUGGCCUUCCCCCAGUACUACUACUCCAACACGGACCAGCUCCCCGGUCGGAUGGUGUGCUUCAUCGACUGGCCCGAAUACGAUUUGUGCGACUUCAAAAAGAUGUACUAUGUGUGUGUGACCAUCCUGAUCUAUUUCCUUCCUCUACUGGUGAUGGGUUGUGCUUAUCUGGUGGUGGGACUGACCCUCUGGGCCAGCGAGAUCCCUGGAGACUCUUCUGAUCGCUACAAGGAGCAGCUGACCGCCAAACGAAAGGUGGUGAAGAUGAUGAUCGUGGUGGUGUGCACGUUUGCCAUCUGCUGGCUGCCUUACCAUGUUUACUUCCAGCUGCACCAGUUCUUCCCCGAUAUGUUCGAGGAGACGUUCAUCCAGCAGGUCUACCUGGCCAUCAUGUGGCUCGCCAUGAGCUCCACCAUGUACAACCCCAUUAUCUACUGCUGCCUCAACGACAGGUUCCGUGCUGGUUUCAAACAAGCCUUCCACUGUUGCCCCUGCGUCCCUAAAGGCUCGUACGAAGGGCUGGAACUCAAGUCCACUCGCUACCUGCAGACCCAGACCAGCGUUUACAAGGCCAGUCGGAUGGAGAGCACCGUGUCUACUGUUCUUCAGGUCAGGGACGACAUGGAGCAGCCCAAGGUCAAGGCAAUGGCAUGUCCAGGACCCUGUGGGGCUGCGGUCGGGGCCAGGCCACAUAGCUCCUCCCUGGACCUGACCUCCAACGGGUCAUCAUCCCGGAGCGUUUCCAAAACGGUGUCAGAAACGUCCAGUUUCUACUCCAGUAACAACCAGCAGGAAUAG